GCGCAUGCGCCGAUACCAUCGAGUAGGCUGACAGCGCGAGAGACAAAGUAGUUACUCCUCAGCCUUUUAUUUCAGCACCUUAAAUCAGUCUUUACGGUCUUCUGUUUGACUCCUUGGAUGGUUCGUUGACUUUUUCUUCUUUGGAGUCUUUAACAGGAAACGAUGCCGCGCGGUGGAAAAAAGGGCCACAAGGGCCGAGGGAAGCAGUUCAGCAACCCGGAGGAGAUCGACCGACAGAUGCGUCUCCAGAGAGAGAAGGAGGAGAGCGGCGGAGCGGAGAAGGAGAGCUCAGAGUCGGAGGAGGAGAGCAGCAGCGAAGACGAGUCUGAGUCUAGGAAGAGGAGCGGCGUGGAGGGCCUCAUAGAAAUCGAGAAUCCAAACCGAGUUUCACAGAAGAGCAAAAAGGUGACGGAGGUGGACGUGAGCGCGCCCAGAGAGCUGAGCCGCAGGGAGAGAGAGGAGAUCGAGAAGCAGAAAUCAGCAGAGCGCUACAGGAAGCUCCACCUGGAGGGGAAGACGGAGCAGGCCAGGGCCGACCUGGCCCGGCUGGCCAUCAUCAAGAAGCAGAGGGAGGAGGCCGCCAGGAAGAGAGCUGAAGAGACCCAAGCUAAGCGUUAGCGCCUGCUAAGCGUUAGCGCCUCACCUGGAGCGUCACACAUUUCAGUCUCAGGGGAACGGAGGAAGCGGACGGACGGACGGACAGCCAGCGUCUCCUGAACGUCCCUGUCCUCCGACCGGAGGGACGGGGACUUCUGGGACAGCAUGGACAGAGAAACGGGUGAAGCAACGCCGGAGCAGGACGGAUGCAACAUUUGGAGAAAAACCUCUGAGUGUUUCACAGCCUCUUCCUUAUUUCUCACCAGGGUUUUUACGUCUAAAGCUGCUAAAAGUUUCAUUCCUUUGGAUUCACAAAUAUUUCCCUGUUGAUCUAACUAAAGUUUUACAGUGAGGACUUUUAUUCUCUUUUGUUUUCCAAGUCAAGCCGCUGAUGCAGACGACAGGAAACUGUUAAAACAACAGUCUGCGGUUUGUUGUAUUGCAGGUUUAAAUGUCAUGAAAUGGGUUUCUAUUUCAUAAACAGUUGCUAUUAAAUGUUGCUUUAAGUUUUUUUUGAAUAAAACAAGAAUAUUCUGGUUUUGUUUCA